AUGGGAUUUGGAGUUUACAAACAAAAGGACAAUGACUUUUUCGUUUCGCCUAGCAGCCAAGAUAGACAGAAAAAGAAGCAAAACAGUCGUGAAACCUGCAUGGAACUCUCCAAACGAACUGUUGAUGGAGAUACUGCGGAGAUUGCCGGUGAAAUCGCUGAUGAGGUUCAAGUGUGUGUCAAGGCUCUGUCAUCAGCUCAACGAAGUCGUAUGUUCAUGUCUUUUGUGGACAUUGACGAGCCAUACAAGUAUGCGUUGAUCUCAUCGUGUCAUGACCCUGUCCCUCACAUAUCACCUUUUUACCCAGCCCCGAUGUAUCACCUCGACCAAGAUCAGACCAUGCCGAGAAUAGGAGGCUGCUUUGUGAGCGCUCUUCGUGGUUUGCUAUGUGUCAGACUUCUAAGAAGUGUUCGAAUAUGUAACCUUACAACCAUGCAACGUGUGACCUUGCCAAUCAUAACAUCAACAAUUGUGCCUGAAAAUAAUGAGAAUAUUUGGAGCUUCUUUGGGCAUGAUCCUAUUCAUGAUGAAUACAAAGUGCUUAGCACAGUUGGGAGGUGA